AUGUUCAAAGAUAUUCACAACCACGAACAACGGAACCAAACAUCCCGAUUACCAUCUCCUGUGCGACAAUCCGUCGAAAAAUAUGUUGGUAUAGGUUUAAAUGAAGCUCAAAUUCGUUCUUCUAUCUCAAUAGAUUAUCCAAAUAUAACAGCACCGUCAAUUAAAUUAACAUCAUUAAUUCAAACCAAACGGCGAAAGUCUCAUCCUAAAAUGUGUUCGAUUCAUGACUUUCGAGAAUGGUGUGAUAAUCAUCGCGAUGGAACUUCAUCAUAUUCAACGUUUGUACCAUUCUAUUAUAUAAAUGAUGUGAAUGAUUUAUUUGUGUUUUUUACAACGAAAAAAUUAUUUCAACAAAUUCAAUUUACCAAAUUGUUGCAAGUCGAUGCCACGUAUAAAAUAACGUGGAAUGAAUUGCCACUGCUAGUGUUUGGUGCGUCUGAUGGUAACAGACAUUUCAAACCAUUUGGUGUUGCACUUAUUUCCGAUGACGAAAGCUCAUCUUGUUUUGAACAUUUAUUUACGACACUUCAAUCUUUUCUUCCUCCACGUUUAUUACACCUGAAUGUGAAUUAG